UAUGAAAAUGCCCUGGGAUUAUGACUUGUUAUUCAUGGGGUCUGGGUACUUACUCUUGUUCUGUGCGCUGUGUAAAGUUGUUUAGGAAGGGUCAGUUUGCGAGUCCUCCUGUUUCAACAGCUGAGUGUAGAAGAGCGUGCAAAAAUGCCCAAGAAACCAGCGGCACCAAAGUUUGUUGAAAAACUUAAAGAUGUAGAGGUCUCUGAGGGCAAAGCUGCACGCAUUGAGUGUGUUGUUUCAGGGGAGCCCGAGCCUGAUAUUGAUUGGACAUUUGAAGGACAGCCAAUAAAAGAGGGUGGCAGGUUUAAAUUCUAUUUUGAGAAGGAUGAUGUUGUUGGCGUUGAAGUAAAAAAUGUGUCAGUUGAUGAUGAAGGAUUCUAUGAAUGUAUAGCAACAAACAAAAGUGGAAAAGCCACAUCAAAAUGUGAACUUCUUGUGAAUGCUCCUGGAAAGAUUGUGAAUGCCCCUGAAUCUGCUGAUGUUAAACCUGGCGGUACUGCAACAUUCAAAUGCAAAUAUGAUGGCAACCCAAGGCCUGAUGUUAAGUGGUUCAAAGGAUCUAAGCAAAUCAAGGAUGCAGACCACUAUAUUCUAACCAAUAAGAGCCAAGUUGCCACUUUAGAAAUUGAUGGUGUUAAGGAUGAUGAUUAUGGUGACUACAAAGUUGUUGUCAGCAACGAAUAUGGUGACACCGAACAUGCAUUCUCUUUGAAGGGUGGAAAGAAAGAUGAUGCAAAUGGUCCAUCAACUUCUGCAAAAACUGCUUUCCAAGAGAGGAACGCUGAUCGGGUGUAUAAACCACCAGUGAGGAAGACAAAGAAGAAGAAGUUCCCCAUUGAAAGAGACGGCAUUUUGAACGAGAACCCUGAAAAGUAUUACGACUUUGGAGAGGAGAUUGGCAGGGGUAAGUUCUCAGUUGUCAAGCACUGCGUUCACAAGAAGACAGGUGAAGAAUUUGCUGCUAAGAUUAUCAAGUUUGAUGACGAAACUGUCAAGUUCGCCGUCCGUGAGUAUGAUCUGAUGGCAAGCGGCAAGAUGGACCACAGGGGUCUUGUCCAGUUGCACGAGGCCUACCUCGUACGGAAGUACUUGAUUCUCAUUCUGGAACUGGCUGCUGGACAAACACUAUUGACCUACAUGUCAAAACGUCACUCACUCACAGAAGAUGAUGUAGCUCACAUCAUCAGACAAAUGUGUGAGAUUCUUGCCGACAUGCACAAAAAUAAUCUUAUCCAUCUUGAUAUCAGGCCUACCAACAUCCGCAUGGCUUCGAUUGGCUCAAAAGAAAUCAAGCUGGUUGACUUUAACAGUGCACGUAUGAUUGCUAACAAAUUUGCUGGUGAAGUAGUGGAUGUCAUUGGUGACACAGAGUUUUGUGCCCCAGAGCUGUUGAAUUUUGAUCCAGUCCUUCCAGGAUCAGACAUGUGGAGUGUUGCCGUAAUUACCUACAUCUUGCUCAGUGGCAUCUCUCCAUUCUAUGAUGAAGAUGAAGACAAGGUUGUUUCCGCUGUCCAGAAAGUCCAAUGGUCUUUCGAUGAGAUGUCUUUUGAAAGAGUGACAACAGAAGCCAAGGAUUUCAUCAAGAAGUGCCUCCUUCGAGUACCAGAAAUGCGUAUGACAGCAGCUGAGGCUUUGAAGCACCCUUGGUUGUCUAACACCUUUGCUAGAGCUCGCAAGAAUUCCCAGAUCAACCCAACAGAGCUCAAAAGCACAGACAAGCGUCUCUAUUCUGAGGAAGAAGAGGAAUACAUCUGGGCGUCAUUGGUCUUCCGUACCUUUGAUGAAAGCGAGUAUGAAUCUCCAGAAUCUGACGAAGAAGACGAAGAGGAAGAGUAAAGAUAAAAUGAGGAUGACAAUUCUAAAGAAAUCAAGAAUGCUUGUGUACCAUAAAGGCCUUAACAGACAAAGAAAAGCCAGGAAGCAUUGCUUUCUAACUAAUCUUUCUCGAUAUUCUCUAGAAAUCUUAAACGUAUGAACUCAACCUGUUAAUAGUAUUACGAUUUAGCAUUAACCAACUCAAUAUCGUUUUGCCCCACUCAGUAACACUAUUUUUUAGAAAUUGCUUUUUGUAAGAAUGUUGUUAACACAAAUUUUUUAAAUUUCCUGUUCAGUUUAUAAGAAAUGGAAUUACUUUUCUGCUAUGUAAUUCCUUCAUGAAUUUUUUAAAAUUGCAUAUGACAUGUCGUGGAUUGUUUGCUA